AUGGGACUCACCGCCUCCUCCCUCAACCUCACCCAGUACGACAUCGAGGACGUCCAGCAACACUGCGACGGGAAGUUCACGUCGAGAGAGAUCCAGGCCCUGUACGCGCGAUUCCGAUCGUUGGACAAGAGACACAAAGGAUUCCUCACCGAGGAUGAAUUAAUGGCCAUCCCCGAGCUCGCCAUCUCCCCGCUCGCGCCGAGAAUCGUGCAGAUGUUUCAAAAUCAAAACUUUAAGGAUUUCGUGAAAAUGUUAAGCGCGCUCUCACCGAGAGCGAGUCGGGACGAUCGCUUGCGCUUCAUGUUUCAGUGCCACGACGUCGACCGGGACGGCGAAAUCGCGCGAAGCGAUUUAGAAACCAUGACUCGACAUCUCGUGGGAUCGAGCGUGUCCGAGGAAGACUUCAACGCGUUAAUACACCGAGCGUUUGAGGAUUUACGGGCGAUGCGCGCCGAGCGCGCGGACGCGCGCGAGGGGUCCGCGCGCGGCGUCGCCUUUGACGAGUUCCGACGCGCCCUCUCCGCGGUCGAUCGCACCUUACCCACCGUGCGCGUCCCCGUGGACGACGACGCGUGA